AUGACUACGCCCAGGGUCUUUAUCGUCCGCCACGGUGAGACGGAAUGGUCCCUAGACGGCAGGCAUACAGGUUCAACCGACAUUCCGCUGACUUCCAAUGGCGAGAAGAGAGUCAAAGCCACGGGCAAGGCACUUGUCGGCGACGACCGUUUAAUUGUGCCUAAGCAACUCGCACAUAUAUACGUUUCACCGCGCAAACGCGCUCAGCGAACUUUCGAGUUGCUCAACCUUGGCAUCAAAGACCCCUUGCCGUGGAAGGCACAUGGGCUUCGACCUGAAGAACUAUCACCAAAUGAUUGCACAGCUCGGGUUGAAGUCGCGGAAGAUAUUCGUGAAUGGGACUAUGGCAACUAUGAGGGUAUCACCAGCGCUCAGAUUAGAGACGAGCGGGAGAAUCAGGGGCUGAACCGUGACUGGGAUAUCUGGCGCGACGGUUGCGUCGGCGGAGAGAGUCCUGAAGAUGUUACCGAAAGAGUUGAUAGGCUGAUCAAGGAGAUUCGGGAUCGCUGGCAGGCGCCUGUGAUAGGAAAGCCAAAGGGCAACGCGCCCCAGGGCGAUGUUCUAGUCGUUGCCCACGGGCACAUCCUCCGGGCUUUUGCGAUGAGAUGGGUCGGUAAGGAGUUGCCGGAUGGACCUGCAUUCUUGCUGGAGGCUGGUGGCGUCGGUACCCUGAGCUACGAGCACCACAGCAUUGACGAGCCGGCUAUCUUACUGGGUGGCGCUUUCAUCGUGUCCUAG